CACGCAGAUUUUACGGGGCAAAAUGGCCGUGUCCCGUAGAUCAUCACAACAACAGCAAACGACGCUACAAUCUCCGCCGCGAAAUGCUGUUAUUUCAACCCCUCCAGAUUCUCCCUUAACCGUAGUAGGAUCAUCGAGUUUGAUUUCGACUGACGGUGGUCAGGAAUGCAGCGGCAGUAUGGAGCCAACGCCAGCCUCUCCUGAAAUGCCCACCACCACAACGACGGCCCUCGCUAGCCCCCUCUGCAGCAGUAGCAGUUCCCACACAAACAUCGGCGGCGCGAGCAGCUGCAGUACGAGCCCGGGCUCAGGAGCCACCAGCCCGGGGGAGGGCGUUUGCGCUACCGGUGGAGCCUUCCGAGAACUCUUCGAGGCCUGCCGCAAUGGUGAUGUCUCUCGGGUUAAGAGACUUGUGGACUCUGUGAAUGUGAAUGCCAAGGACAUGGCUGGGAGGAAAUCUACGCCGUUACAUUUCGCUGCAGGCUUUGGCAGAAAGGACGUGGUGGAACACCUCUUACAGACGGGUGCCAACGUGCAUUCCCGUGACGACGGUGGUCUGAUCCCCCUUCACAAUGCCUGCUCUUUCGGUCAUGCUGAAGUCGUCAGCCUGCUUUUGUGCCAAGGCGCAGACCCAAAUGCCCGAGACAACUGGAACUAUACCCCUCUACACGAGGCAGCCAUCAAGGGCAAGAUAGAUGUUUGCAUCGUCCUGCUCCAGCAUGGAGCUGAUCCCAACAUCCGCAACACUGACGGGAAGUCUGCCCUGGAUCUGGCUGACCCCUCUGCUAAGGCCGUUCUCACUGGGGAAUACAAGAAGGACGAGCUUCUAGAAGCUGCAAGGAGUGGAAACGAGGAGAAGCUAAUGGCUUUGCUCACACCGCUAAAUGUCAACUGCCAUGCCAGCGACGGGCGCAAGUCAACAUCACAAAAAAUGCUGUCCACCCCCCUCCACCUGGCGGCAGGCUACAACCGCGUGCGGAUCGUUCAGCUCCUGCUGCAGUACGGUGCGGACGUCCAUGCCAAGGAUAAGGGUGGCCUGGUUCCCCUUCAUAAUGCCUGCUCCUACGGCCACUACGAGGUGACCGAGCUUCUUCUGAAGCAUGGCGCUUGCGUGAACGCCAUGGACCUGUGGCAGUUCACCCCUCUGCACGAGGCGGCCUCCAAGAACCGCGUGGAGGUGUGCUCCCUGCUCCUCAGCCACGGCGCCGACCCCACACUGGCCAACUGCCACAGCAAGAGCGCCGUGGACAUGGCCCCCACCGCCGAGCUCAAGGAGAGGCUCACCUAUGAGUUCAAAGGUCAUUCACUGCUCCAAGCUGCCCGUGAGGCGGACGUUGCCAAGGUGAAGAAAACUCUUGCCUUGGAGAUCAUCAGCUUCAAACACCCGCAGACACACGAGACGGCGCUGCAUUGUUCCGUGGCAUCCCCACACCCCAAACGAAAGCAGGUCACAGAGCUGCUCCUGCGCAAAGGUGCCAACGUCAACGAGAAGAACAAGGACUUCAUGACUCCGUUCCACGUGGCCGCUGAGAGGGCUCACAACGAUGUCCUGGAGGUUCUGCAGAAACACGCUGCUAAGGUGAACGCCUUGGACACUCUGGGCCAGACGGCGCUGCACCGCGCGGCUCUGGCCGGCCACCUGCAGACGUGCCGGCUGCUGCUCAGCUACGGGGCCGACGCCGCCAUCGUGUCCCUGCAGGGCUUCACCGCCGCCCAGAUGGGCAACGAGGCCGUGCAGCAGAUCCUCAAUGAAAACAUUCCCACUCGCAACUCUGAUGUUGACUACCGGUUCCUGGAAGCGGCUAAAGCUGGAGAUUUGGAUACUGUGAAGCAACUCUGCUCCCCGCAGAACGUCAACUGCCGCGAUCUGGAAGGACGCCACUCCACCCCCCUACACUUUGCUGCUGGCUACAACCGGGUGGCGGUGGUGGAGUAUUUGCUCCAGCACGGGGCCGACGUCCACGCUAAAGACAAAGGAGGUCUGGUCCCGCUGCAUAACGCCUGCUCCUAUGGUCACUAUGAGGUGGCGGAGCUCCUGGUGAGGCACGGCGCGUCUGUAAAUGUGGCCGACCUGUGGAAGUUCACGCCGCUGCACGAGGCCGCAGCCAAAGGCAAAUAUGAGAUCUGCAAACUGCUGCUCAAGCACGGCGCGGACCCGUCCAAGAAGAACCGGGACGGGAACAUGCCGCUGGACAUGGUGAAGGACGGGGACACGGACAUCCAGGACCUGCUGCGCGGCGACGCCGCCCUGCUGGACGCGGCCAAGAAGGGCUGCCUGGCGCGCGUGCAGAAGCUCUGCAGCCCCGAGAACAUCAACUGCAGGGACACGCAGGGGCGCAACUCCACACCGCUGCACCUCGCAGCUGGCUAUAAUAACCUGGAGGUGGCCGAGUACCUUCUGGAGCAUGGUGCAGAUGUGAACGCGCAGGACAAAGGAGGACUCAUCCCGCUGCACAACGCUGCAUCCUACGGGCACGUGGACAUCGCCGCCCUGCUCAUCAAGUACAACACCUGCGUGAACGCCACGGACAAGUGGGCCUUCACCCCGCUGCACGAGGCGGCGCAGAAGGGCCGCACCCAGCUGUGCGCCCUGCUCCUGGCCCACGGCGCCGACCCCACCAUGAAGAACCAGGAGGGCCAGACGGCGCUGGACCUGGCCACGGCUGAUGACAUCAGGGCCCUUCUGAUCGACGCCAUGCCGCCGGACGCUCUGCCCAGCUGCUUCAAGCCCCAGGCCACGGUGGUCAGCGCCUCCAUCAUCUCGCCCGCCUCCACGCCCUCCUGCCUGUCGGCCGCCAGCAGCAUCGACAACCUGGCCGGGCCACUUACCGAGCUGGCCGGGGCCUGCGCCUCGGGACCGGCCGACGGGGCCAGCGGCUCUGACCGGAAGGAGGGAGAGGUGGCUAUGCUGGACAUGAACAUCAGUCAGUUCCUGAAGAGCCUCGGGCUGGAGCAGCUCAGAGACAUUUUCGAGAGGGAGCAGAUCACACUGGACGUGUUGGCAGACAUGGGUCACGAGGAGCUGAAGGAGAUUGGCAUCAACGCCUAUGGGCAUCGGCACAAGCUCAUCAAGGGCAUCGAGAGACUACUGGGAGGCCAGCAAGGUGCCAACCCCUACCUGACGUUCCACUGCACUAACCAGGGCACGGUGCUCAUCGACCUGGCUGUCGAUGACAAGGAAUUCCAGUCGGUCGAGGAAGAGAUGCAGAGCACAAUCCGCGAGCACAGAGACGGCGGGAACGCCGGGGGCGUCUUCAGCAGAUACAACAUCCUCAAGAUCCAAAAGGUGGUCAACAAGAAGCUGCGAGAGCGAUACACUCACAGGCAGAAGGAGAUUGCUGAUGAGAACCACAACCAUCACAAUGAGCGCAUGCUCUUCCAUGGAUCUCCUUUCAUAAAUGCCAUCAUUCACAAAGGGUUUGAUGAGCGCCACGCUUACAUUGGAGGAAUGUUUGGUGCAGGGAUCUAUUUUGCGGAGAACUCCUCUAAAAGUAACCAGUACGUGUACGGUAUCGGUGGAGGAACCGGCUGCCCCACACACAAAGACCGCUCCUGCUACCUGUGCCAUAGGCAGAUGCUGUUCUGCCGGGUGACCCUGGGGAAGUCCUUCCUGCAGUUCAGUGCCAUGAAGAUGGCCCACGCUCCCCCCGGCCACCACUCCGUCAUCGGCCGGCCCAGCGUCAACGGCCUGGCCUACGCCGAGUACGUCAUCUACAGGGGAGAACAGGCCUACCCAGAGUAUUUGAUCACGUACCAGAUCCUGAAGCCGGACAGCAGUCCUCAGCUGGCCGCCGGCGCGGAGCAGAAGUCCUAGUCUCUAACGGUCAUGCAGUACAGCGCAGUACAGUACAACCAUUCAGUCUCGUUUGUUGCACAAGAAAAGUAUGUGACCUUCACAAACUCUAUUGACAUUUGUCUUAUUCAUGGAUAUCCCCCAUGUAUGCAUUAAGAAUUUGCACUUUUGAACGAUAGUUAUUUAAGUCAUUGGAAAGUAAUUGCUGACAUUUAAUGUACAUUUCAUGUAAAGUGUAAAAUGUCUUGUGUUUAACAUUUAUCAUUUGAAUUGUAUUUUAAAAGAAGAAUCUAAUUCUUUGGUUCUAUUAAUUUCUCAGAUUUUUUUUUUUGAAUAAACCUUGUUUUGUGAGACCACACAA